AUUGUAAUGUGACAACUUGAUGGUGACAGUGUAAAAUAAGAAAAUAUUUCAAAUAGUCUUCUUCCUAUGUAAGCGUUGUAAUAUGUGAUAAGCAUUGAGAAGAAUUUAUUUCGAGAUUGAAUAAGAAAAAUGGCGGCAGUUAUUUCUGGUACAGUUCUGGCUUCCUUGUUCUUUGACCAUGCCGACGUAAAGGGAGAAAUGGAAGGGCUGCUGUUCGGAAAAGUCACUCAAAGAGUAAAAGAUACUAUUAGUGAUUCUCAAAUCAAUAACUAUAAAGUGGAAACAAAAACAUACAUAAACUCCUAUUACAAAGGUGACGAAACAAAAAAGUUUCAUGAUCGAGCCUGUCGGAUUGAUACACAGUUGAUACAUCAGGUGACACCAGAAGGGUCUCAGGUGAUAGGUUGGUAUAGGUGCAGACACAAUAGUUCACCGUAUCCUUCCAUGAGAGAGCAGUGCAUCCACAACAAUUUCUUAACGAUUUUACCAAUUAAUCAGCAAGCCAACUUUAUUUUCUUACUCAUAACUGGGACAUCAUUUGAGAAUCUGGCAACUCACAACUUUGACUUUGAUGUUUUGAAAUGCAGUAAAAGGGCCAAAGAAUUUGUUCACAUUCCUCUGAUGGUGCUGAAUCUAGGGGACACAACUCACUCUGAAUACAAUUCUGAAUACAAUGCUACAAACUAUGAUGGGUCUGGGAGAAUGACAAAAGUCAUAGAUAAACACAGGCCAGCUUUGUUAAGUAGUGAUAAACAGCCAAAAGAAGUAAAGGAAGUAAUGAGAUUUGCUGAUGAUUUACAGUCCCAGUUAGUGGGACUGACAGACUUAGUGGUAGCCAGUGAGAUGAAACUGCAGUGUGUACAGAAGACAAUUCAGAAAAAACAGAAACUUCUGAAAAAUAAAUUGAAUAGCAGGAGGGAGUCCAAAAUCAUUGAUCAGACAGAAAGGGACAGUGGACCAGGACACACAAGGAUGAAAUAUGAACAUAAAAAGAAAGAUAAAUCAGGAGCACUUCACAUAAUAAGACUGCCCAGUGAUCUAACUCACUUUAGGAAACUCAGUACUAAUGAUGACAGUCAGUCUGAGCAAAGCCCUACUCCUCUCUUCUCCCGUAAAUUAAGCACAGACUAUGAAGUUCCACAUCUUGAUGCUAUUGAAACUCAUUUGCCACAGAGAAACUCGCUUGUGGAUGUGACAGAGGGUGAAAUAAUGGAUUUAAAAACAGAUCAAACUAUACUGACACAACAGACUGAUACACACGAUAGUUUAUUUGAAUCUUGCACUAGUAAGAAUAUAACAGCCAAGUCAACUUUAGAUCCAUUUCAUGAAAUACUGACUUCUGAUCCAUUUAGUUUUGUUGAAGGAUAUAUGGCUCAAGAGAAAUCUGGAAUACAAAUGGCUCAAUCUUCAAAAAAAUGUAAUAAAAUUGAAAUUGAUGCUGAAAAUGAACCCAGGGAAGCACCCAAAUCUACAAGUGCAAUAAAUCCAAAUGAAAGAAGAAGUGGUAGAAACUCUACAAGAAAUAAUCUGGCACAAACUCACAGUGACACAACACCCCAAAGGAUUACAAGAAGUCAAAGGUCAAGGUCUCAAGAGAACAAAGUUACUCAAGAUGAUAAUUUUGGAUUAUCUGGCAAUUGUGGAAUAGAAGCCAAUGGAGAAGUGACUAUGGUAACAAAUGACUCAUCUGAGGAAGGGACAAAUCAAAGAACCAAGGAGGAAGGCUUUGAAAUAUCUUCUUCACCUGUGUAUUAAUGAUUGAAUGUGCUUGUGAUGUAAAAUUGUGAACAGUUCUAGGAAAAUUUAGUUUUGUUUACCAUAAACCAUACUGGAUUUGCUGUAAAUUAAAAGAAUGAUUUUAUAGUAACAAAUUAUAUAAUUUAAAUGAAAGAAUAUGAAAGAA